CGUAAUCACAUCCAUAUGAACACAUAUAAACACUCGUACUUAUAAACGGAUCCGCGCACACCUUAUCCAUAUGAACACAUUUAAAAGAUGGGGCCCCGCAUAUUUUAAAAUCGAUAAAUAUAUUAUCUACCUCUUAAAGAAUAAUUAGCCAUAAAUGUAAAUGCAUGUGUCAAAUCUAUAAGUUUAAAUCAGAUAAACUGAUUCCACCACGGUAAUCCUAAUCAGUUUACACUCAGCGAUAGACUGCAAAUCUGUAACAGGAGCAUCAACAAAGUAGUGCUGAAAUGACAAUCUCAUGAUCAUACACCACAUACAUAUGGUACGCAAACAACGAUAGUUGUCUCCUCGACAGUUUAGGAUAGUGUCCCACGCAUGCGUCCACGAGUCCUCGACGCAACGUUCCCGCCAUCCACGCGACCACGCAUGCACGGGGGGCGCGCGCGGUUGAUGCACUGGACGUCGAGCGGAAAAACGCCCUGAUCGAUCUGGUGUCCUGAGCCCCCGAGGAUUCACUAGCUCUUGCCAAUUGUAUCCAUGGCCGCCGCCACGGCGGACGGACAUGGCGGGAGGCGGCGGCUGAGGGUGUUCUUCCUCCCAUUCUUCGCGCGUGGCCACCUCAUCCCCAUGACCGACCUCGCGUGCCUCAUGGCGGCGGCGAGCACUGAUGCCGUGGAGGUGGAGGCGACGAUGGCGGUGACGCCGGCCAACGCCGCCGCCAUCGCCGCCACGGUCGCCGGGAACGCCGCCGUGCGCGUCGUCUGCUACCCGUUCCCCGACGUCGGCCUGGCCCGCGGGGUCGAGUGCCUCGGCGCCGCCGCCGCGCACGACACCUGGAGGGUGUACCGCGCCGUCGACCUGUCGCGGCCCGCCCAUGAGUCGCUGCUCCGGCACCACCGCCCCGACGCCAUCGUCGCCGACGUGCCGUUCUGGUGGGCCACCGGCGUCGCCGCCGAGCUCGGCGUCCCGCGCCUCACGUUCAACCCCGUCGGCGUGUUCCCGCAGCUCGCCAUGAACAACCUCGUCGCCGUCCGCCCCGACAUCGUCCGGGGAGGCGCCGACGGCCCGCCGGUGACCGUGCCGGGGAUGCCCGGUGGCAGGGAGAUCACCAUCCCGGUGUCCGAGCUCCCGGACUUCCUGGUCCAGGACGACCACCUCUCCAUGUCGUGGGACCGCAUCAAGGCGUCCCAGCUCGCCGGCUUCGGCGUCGUGGUCAACACCUUCGCCGCGCUCGAGGCGCCCUACUGCGACGAGUUCAGCCGCGUCGACGCGCGCCGCGCCUACUUCGUCGGCCCCGUCAGCCAGCCAUCGCGCGCCGCCGCCGCCGCCGUGCGCCGCGGCGGCGACGGCGACGUGGACUGCCUUAGGUGGCUGUCCACCAAGCCGAGCCAGUCCGUGGUGUACGUCUGCUUCGGGAGCUGGGCCCAUUUCUCAGUGACACAAACUCGCGAACUCGCGCUGGGGCUCGAGGCCUCGAACCAGCCAUUCCUGUGGGUGAUCCGCUCCGACUCCGGCGACGGCGGCGGCGAGCGGUGGGAGCCGGAGGGAUGGGAGCGGCGCAUGGAGGGGCGCGGCAUGGUGGUCCGCGGGUGGGCCCCGCAGCUGGCGGUGCUGGCCCACCCGUCGGUGGGCGCGUUCGUGACCCACUGCGGGUGGAACUCGGUGCUGGAGGCGGCGGCGGCCGGCGUGCCGGCGCUGACAUGGCCGCUGGUGUUCGAGCAAUUCAUCAACGAGCGGCUGGUCACCGAGGUGGCCGCGUUCGGCGCGCGCGUCUGGGAGGACGGCGGCGGGAAGCGCGGCGUGAGGGCGCGCGAGGCGGAGACCGUGCCCGCCGGCGUGAUCGCGCGGGCGGUGGCCGGAUUCAUGGCGGGCGGCGGCGGGCGGAGGGAGAGGGCGGCGGCCAUGGCGACGGCGCUGGCGGAGAGCGCGCGCGUGGCGGUCGGCGAGAACGGGUCGUCGUGGAGAGAUAUCCGCCGCCUGAUCCAGGAUCUGACGGACGCGACUGCAUCUCAGCCUUGACCAUGACUUCCAUUCCGGCUCAUUUCAUUAUCGUCGCAAUCACUUUUUGAAAAAUUUUGUAGAAAAAAAUCGAGUGAAAAGCUAUGAUGACCUUUGUAUGCUUCUUCCGUUCUGUAUCAUCAACAUUUGUUUGUCCCAUCACUCAACUAUCUUAAACUUAUCGUUACAUCAAAAUAUUUUCUCA